AUGGUCCUCCAGUACGAAGGGUCUGAGAUCCCUAUUUCCUUCGCGUCAUGCAGCAUUCCCAUGAAGAUCAAAGCCAGCCUACCCGAGAAGCUGCGGGCUAUGCAAAAAGCAGGUUUUGACGGAAUAGAGCUAUCUAUGCCCGAUAUUCUCUGCUAUGGUAAACUUAUGAACGGAUCGCAGCCGAAGGAGGAUGACUAUGAUACUAUUGCCGAUGUCGCCAAGCAGAUCAGGUCAUUGGCCGAUGAGCUUGGCUUGAAGAUCAUGAUGCUUCAGCCGUUCGCAAACUUUGAGGGUUGGAAGAAGGGUCAGCAUGAUAAGGAGAGGAAGCAGGCUUUUGAUAAAGCUCGGGGGUGGAUUAAGGUCAUGGAGGCAGCUGGUAUCACAUUACUUCAGGUGGGCUCAUCCGACUCUGAAGGAAUCGCAUUUUCCUUCGAUGACCUGGCUGCCGAUCUUGCAGAGCUAGCAGACAUGCUCGCCGAAAAGGGCUUCAGUAUCGCCUACGAGAACUGGUGCUGGGCCACUCACGCUCCCACAUGGAAGACAGUCUGGGAGAUCGUCCAGAAGGCCAACAGACCCAACAUUGGUCUAUGUCUGGAUACUUUCCAAACAGCAGGUCUCGAAUGGGCGGACCCAACUAAGACCGAUGGCCUGGUCGAAGCUAACAGCCACGAAGAGCGCGAGACGCGGUGGAGGAAGAGUCUCGAGGAACUCGCUACUACCAUCCCUGGGGAUAAGAUUUAUCUGCUGCAGAUCUCAGACGGGUACAAGAUGGAUCCGCCCAUUGAGGAUAAGAAGGAUGAGGAUGGAAGUCGACCCAGAUGCCGCUGGAGCCAUGACUAUAGACCGUUGCCGUACGAUGGGGGUUAUCUGCCGGUAAAGGAUAUGCUGCAUGCUGUGCUCAAGACUGGGUUUAGGAGUUGGUUGUCGGUGGAGGUUUUUGAUGGGACUAAAGGAGAGGAUACGGAUAUGAAUGCGUAUACGCAGGAGUCUGUUGAAUCGUUGAAGAAGUUGCUCACUACCAGCGAAUAG